AUGAAGCUUCGUAGAGAACAAGCUGUGUGGCUGAAAAUGAUCAUUAUCUGUGUCCUCGCACUCUCCUUCUCAGCUUCUGACGCCGCUACCACUGCUCAGUCCUUCACUCAAGUAACACCAAGUCUCCCACCAGAUGCAGAUACAUGUCUGUUGCAACAGACAACAAUGGUUGCAGCUUCCUCUGUCCAGUGUGCCAACAUUUGCCUUAAUAACCCCAACUGCACACUCUUCUGUGUCUUGGAUAAUAUGUGCAGCUUGUUCAGUGCUCUAGUGUCUAACUUAUGGCCGGGCAGCUCAGCAGUCAACUCUCUACACUUCACCAAGUGUUUCAGUAUUCUCCCACCAGCCAACAACAUUCCUUCUUACCCAAAUCUUGUAAGUGGUGGGCCUAAUCCAAUUUACGCAAUGGCAGGCUACAGUUGUUCCAACCAAUCCUGUUUCUUGGUCAGCAAUCCUAAGCAGAACUUUUGGCAGCUUGAAUAUCCUCAAAAUCUCACUGUCACCCGCGUCAUAAUUAAACAAGACCCAAGCACACUCUGCUCUGUUCAGGUGAGGGUUGGAUACCAUAAACAAUCAACUCUCAACAACCUUUAUGGAUACUACCCUCCACCUCCAGAUGGCCUAAUGGUUAUUGAUCUUCCUGUCACAGCGAGAGGAAGUUACUUCACAAUUGCUGGAAAAAGCAUCACUGUUGAGUUGUUAAACUAUUACAAGGCAUCACUGUUGAGUGAUUUAACUAGUACAGCAACACGGUUGAGUGAGGCAGCGGCUUUGAGUUUAACUAUUAAGCAUCACUGUGAAGUGGUAACUAUAGCAGUCAUCACUGUUGAGUGUAGACCUAUUACAGCAUCACUGUUGAGAGGUAACAAUACAGGCAGCACUGUUAUUUGCAUCACUGUUAGUGGUAACUAUUACAGCAACCUAAUUGAGUGUAACUAUGCAGGCAUCACUGUUGAGAAGUGUAACAUUAGCAAGCUCACCAUUGAGUGUAAACUAUUACAGGCAUCACUGUUGAUUUGCAUCACUGUUGAUGGGUGUAACUAUACUGGCAUCAGUGUUGCGAGUGGAACUAUUACAGCAGCGGCUUAUUGGAUGGUACGCUAUUUACAGGGCAUCACUGUUGAGUUUGUAUCAAUUACAGGCAUCACUGUUGAGUGUAACUAUUACAGGCCAUCACCAUUUGAUUGGUCAUCACUAUUGAGUGGUAACUAUACAGGCAACACUGUUGAGUGGAAACUAUUACAGCAGCGGGGCUAUGAUGUAACUAUUACAGGCGUCACUGUUGAGUGCCUGGCUACUGCGACCUUUGUUAACUAUCAUCCUCACACUGUUUCCCCUCCCUCUUCCUCUCUGCUACAGUAUGGGCUGUACUCUGCCUUCAUUCCCUGCUUCGUAUACUUCCUGCUGGGGUCGACCAGUGAGGUCAGUAUCGGACCAACAGCCAUCAUGUCCCUCAUGACGUACCAGUAUACCGGUCAGGGCGGGGGUGACUAUGCUGUUCUCCUCGCCUUCAUGGCUGGCAUCAUAGAACUGGUCGCUGGCAUCGUCAACUUAGUCAUCAACUUCAUCUCUCAGCCAGUCAUCAGUGGGUUUACUUCAGCUGCAGCUAUCAUCAUAGCUUCGUCCCAGCUUAAGCUACUGUUUGGUCUUCGUCUCAAGACCAAAGGGCUGAUCGACACUUGGGUGAAAGUUUUCUCAAAUAUCCAAGAUUUACGAUGGCAGGACCUCACACUCAGCCUCAUCUGCAUUGUCGUCCUCUUCCUCCUGAAGGAGGUUCGCAGUGUGCGGUGGUCGUGUCUGGACAACAACAGUCGUAGUCUGGGUCAGCGGGUUUUAAGAAAUACUAUUUUCUACGUCUCUGCUGGACGCAAUGCUAUUGUUGUCAUUAUUUCUUCCGUCAUCGCCUAUUACCUCGACGGGGAUGAACAGCCAUUAACAAUUUCAGGUUACGUGGAGCCUGGAAUCCCAGCUGCUUCUCUUCCACCAUUCUCCACUGAGAUCAAUAACCAGACCAUAACAUUUACGGAGAUCAUGAGCGACAUUGGCAUUGGUUUAGUAAUGGUGCCAUUCAUUGCCAUUCUUGACCUUACUGCCAUUGUCAGUGCCUUUGCUAAAGGAAGAACCUUUGAUGCUACACAGGAGAUCAUCGCUUUAGGCCUCGCCAAUGUAAUUGGAUCCUUUUUUGGAUCGAUGCCAACAACAGGAGCUUUCUCACGUUCAGCUAUAAACAUGACAAGUGGAGUACGGACUCCUGCUGGAGGUCUGGUCACAGGAGUCAUGGUCCUCCUCUCCCUCGCCUUCUUAACACCUUAUUUCACUUAUAUUCCCAAAUCCACACUGGCAGCAGUAAUCAUCAGCGCUGUGUUUCAUCUCAUUGACUACGAGAUCUUGGCUCCUCUCUGGAGGAGUAAGAAGACCGACCUGAUACCUCUUAUAGCCACCUUCUUGGCCUGCCUCUUGUGGGGACUCGAGUGGGGAAUCUUGAUUGGUAUCGGUGUUAAUCUCUCAAUGCUUCUGUAUUCCAUUGCUUCACCCACCGUUAACGUGGCUGUUGUUCCAUCAAAGAAUGAUGAUAGAGGAUAUGUUCUGGUUACUCCUUGCUACGGUCUCAGUUACCCCAGCACUUCACACAUCCGUGGUGCCGUCAGGAAGGCUGGGCUCCGGCAGGCUGCUGGUUCUCUUCCUGUUGUUAUUGACUGUUCCUGCAUUGAUACCACUGACUAUACAUCAGCUAAGGGCAUAAAGGGAAUGAUAGAGGAGUUCCAUCAGCGUGGGCAGAGUCUUGUGUUCUUGGGCAUGAAGCCGAGCAUCAUCCAGAUCGUUCAAGCUCUUCACAAAGACAUCAGGAUUUGCUCCAGCUUUGAUGUUUUGUCUGAGGUCCUGGCAGAUGGUGAGGCCGAGACGAAGAUGGAAACUGUGGAAAGUACCAGCUGCCGCCCAGGAGGGAAUACACUCCUUCCUGCUAUGACAUCCAAGCCUUCACCUGACACCAGUGAUGCCGCAGAUCCGCUGCUAACUCCUGCAACUUUCCACGAUCAUAAGUAGCACAACUUUACUACUGUUUUGGUCGGAAAUAAUAAUAAGUCUUCAAGAAACAGAUCAACUAAUCUGUCUUAAGUCUCUUAAUGCUAGUAGUCAAUGGACAUGUAUCUUCCUUGUAUAUUUAGGAGCAUGUGUUGAGCUCCCAAGUCCAGCUCAUGUGUGGAGAUACCAAGUCCAGCUUAUGUGUUGAGGUCCCAAGUCCAGCUCAUGUGUGGAGGUCACAAGUCCAGCUCAUGUGUGGAGGUCACAAGUCCAGCUCAUGUGUGGAGAUACCAAGUCCAGCUUAUGUGUUGAGGUCCCAAGUCCAGCUCAUGUGUGGAGGUCACAAGUCCAGCUCAUGUGUUGAGGUCCCAAGUCCAGCUCAUGUGUUGAGGUCCCAAGUCCAGCUCAUGUGUGGAGGUACCAAGUCCAGCUGAAAGAGGGACAUUCAGUUGCAAGACUUCAUCCCAAGAAGGUGAUCCUCGCUCAGAGUACUUAUAACUAGGUACGAGAGAAAUAAAAACAUUUUGAUAACGUCAUGCCACAAUCUGGAAAGUUCACUGCAGUUCUUAUUCAUUCAAGAUAUAUUCCAAAACUGAUCAAUAUAUCAUCAGAUGGGACGUGUUUCAGCAGCAUCGUAGUCAGUCAUACUGAAGAUGAAAACCGUUUUAUCAUAGACUCAAGUAAAGUAUAAACAAUAA